UCCCAGUCUAUCCCAGCUCUAUCCCAGUCUAUCCCAGCUCUAUCCCAGCUCUAUCCCAGUCUAUCCCAGCUCUAUCCCAGUCUGUCCCAGUCUAUCCCAGCUCUAUCCCAUCUAUCCCAGUCUAUCCCAGUCUGUCCCAGCUCUAUCCCAGUCUAUCCCAGCUCUAUCCCAGUCUGUCCCAGCUCUAUCCCAGCUCUAUCCCAGUCUAUCCCAGUCUGUCCCAGCUCUAUCCCAGCUCUAUCCCAGUCUAUCCCAGUGUGUCCCAGCUCUAUCCCAGUCUAUCCCAGUCUGUCCCAGUCUAUCCCAGUCUGUCCCAGCUCUAUCCCAGUCUAUCCCAGUCAAUCCCAGUCUAUCCCAGUCUGUCCCAGUCUAUCCCAGUCAAUCCCAGUCUGUCCCAGUCUA